AUGAGGGUCACUCUACUUACAUCGUUAUUUGUAUCUUCUGCCACUGUGCUUGCGGCUCUUCCCACCGUGACUAUCUCCGGUGGGACCCUGGUCGGGACAACCACAACUCUCCCGAGUGCCACUGCAUCCGUAAACAAAUUCCUAGGCAUCCCAUUCGCAGCCGUACCAACUAGCACACUUCGCUUUGCCACGCCGCAACCUGCGCCAACGUACGGCACAAUACAAGCCAAUAAAUGGAAACCGGCCUGCAUGCAACAAUUUACCAAACUAUUUGACACUCCUGAUCCCGGAGAAAGUGAAGACUGCCUAUACCUCAACGUCUAUGUCCCAAGCACAGGCUCCACGGGAAAGGCGGUUAUGUUUUGGAUAUACGGCGGAGAUUUGCAGUAUGGCACUGCAUCAAUGCCGCUGUAUGACGGAUCUAGUUUUGCAGCCUUCCAAGAUGUCAUUGUCGUGGCUGCAAACUAUCGCACGAAUAUCUUCGGCUUCCCCCACUCUAGUGAGAUAGGGUCAACACAAUGGAAUGUAGGCUUCUACGAUCAGAGACUAGCUUUGCAAUGGGUUCAAAGCAACAUUGCAGCAUUUGGAGGUGAUCCUGCCAAAGUCACGAUCUUUGGCGAGAGCUCUGGGGCAACCUCCGUCGACCGCCUGGUAACCACCAUGCCGAACAAUACUCCCUUUCGUGCCGCGAUUAUGGAGAGUGGCACCUCCUCAGUAACACCGGGCAGUGCCUCCAACUCGACGGACUCGACGGAAUGGAACAACCUCGCCUCUGGGCUAGGUUGCAGCGUCACACCCCCUAAUCUCGGCUGCAUGCAAAAAAUAGCGGCGACCAACAUAAAGAGUGCCAUCGAAGCACGAUACACUAACAACGGCGCAUAUAUAAAUUACGGCUUCCCACCCAUACAGGACGGCGUCACUAACCUCGUGAAUCCAGAAGCUGCACGCCUCGCAGGAAAUAUUGCCAAAGUACCGGUAUUACAAGGAACCAACGCGCAAGAGGGGCGCCUUUUCUCAGCCUCAUUCAAUGGUCAAAACGGCUUGAACUUGCAGUAUUUUGUUGACAAUUAUAUCCGCGGGUCCAACGACGCUGACAUCGUCGCUGCAUAUCCCGUCCCCGGGACGUACCCAGACCAAGACUCCGCGACCGCGCAGUGCUGGACUGAGUGGGUGUAUCAAUGCCCUGCGUCAGUCGUCACCGCCGACGAUGCAACAGCCGGUAUUCCAGCUUGGCGCUACUACUUCAACGCCUCAUUUGCCAACUACGGCAGCGUACCAGGCUUCACAAACCGUGGUGUUUAUCACACUAUUGAACUUCCAAUUGUGUUCGGGACGUACCCUUCUUCUGGAGCGACCGCCCAGGAGAUCGCACUGAGCAGCUACGUGCAAACGGCAUGGGCUACGUUUGCAAAAAAUCCCGAUGGUGGACCGGAUCCUGCAUGGCCGAAGGUCAGCACAGGGAGUGGUGGCGCAUAUAUUGGUAUUUUAGGCAAUUCGGGGAACACAUUUGCGAAUCUUACGGUUGUGCAGUCGACAAAUCUGGAUGCAAGGUGUGUGCAGUUCUUCAACAGUAGGUAUAGUCAGUCGAAGUAUGGCAAUUCAUGGUAGGGUGGGGUGAGUAGAUGAUAUGUCUAUUUCAACAUGGACGAAUUGAUUGGGCGAGCCAAAGUGGUUCCUGGACUCACUAGUAUAAUAUCCCAAGGGAUAGC